ACUGUUGGUUUUCAUCAACUGGCAGCUGAAGGUGUAUUUCAAAGUCAAACCAGUAGAGGCAAACAAACAAACCUCAAACUGCCCCAGCAGCUAAUGGAGCAGCAGCUCCAUGCUCCACCACCUCUACCUCAUCCACUACAAGGGUUGCAAGUCUUCCUAGAGUCCCUACCAAGCACCAACUCCAGUUAUUAGCUCUCGACCAUCACCUCCUCCUAUGGGAAACGGUCCUAGGCCUAUGCCUCCUGGUGGCAGCCCAUCACCUCCACCCCGCUGCAUGAUGGCAAAUUUUGCUGCUAGGCUUCCAACAAUUCCUCCUCAAGGUUUUCGAGGUCAACAGAUGCCAACCCCUCCACCUCCCAACAUGAAGCGGUAGGUAUCCAGCCAUCCAGUUCCAUUUUUUGCUAGGCAUAUAUCCAUGAAGCAUCGUGCAAGAUGUCAAACUCCAGGAGUAAAGCAUGAUAUGGUUC